GAGACGUUAAAGAGAUGAUUUCAUCAACGUUCAGGAAAUGUUCAUUAUAGCCCCAUGCAUUGACGCACAUCCUGUAACCAAAGACCAAUCAAAAUCAGCCUUUCAUCUAAGGACGAUUUUCUUACCUGGAGGGUGGCCGUAUUCUAAUUAGCAAAUACGUCAUCACACGUCAGUAACGUCACUACAGGUCGGUGGUAUUCAGUACAUAAAACAGCCUGCUCCGACAAGUAUUUCAGCAAUAGUCUUUCUCUUAUAGUACUACUCUCCAGCAUAGAAGGAAUGGCGAAGACCUCUAGAAGGUGUGUUUUGGUGGUUCUGUCCUUGGUGCUGAACAUGGCUGUCGCUAUGAAAGGUUGGGGACAGGUGAAGAGAACACAACAGAUUGAAAAGUUGCUUGGAGACCGGGUCCUUUCGUUGGAACCCCCGCGGCUAUGUGAAGUCCGUGUGACGGCUGGCUGUGUACGCCAGCAGGCUGACAGCUACUCCAGACUAGACAGGGAGAUGAUGGGGCUAUCCCAGGAUGCACUGCUGCAACAUCUCUGCGGAGCCGAACAGGAGUUCGUGACGUGUCUAGGCUCGGCGCCGUUCGCCUGCUCCCCCCGGGUGAUGCGGGUUGUCCAGACCGUGGCGGCCGGGCUGCUGAACGUCACCAUCAAACCCUACUGUCCACACAUCGACCUCCGCAGCCUCAAGCCGAUGUUUCAAGUACGUUGUGAGAAGUCGGAGUUUGAACACUGUCUGUACGCGGAACGUAUGACGGCUGGAGCCCCGUGGACACCUUGUCGCGCACGCGCACACAGCUACCGCUGCUUCUCCCAAACCUGCAUGCAGGGCGUCAAGGAAGACACCUGGACAGCCUGGCAGCUCCUGGCACAUGCAGCAGGAGAGACGUACAGCGACCCGAUGUUGUGCCAGCAGUUCGACCCGGCCAGUGCGGGCGGGCAGGGGGAGGCGCACGCCCCGCCCGGAGACAGUCCCAGCUACGGCCUGUCUGAGUACGACUACUACUAUUAGUACUAGCCACUAGUUCCCGUACAACUGUGGAGAGCGUAUCCAUUACUAUCGUGGUUAGGCCGGGUUCUCUUCGGGGCUGCAGGAGCUCUUCUCCGCCCGACUCAGCUAGGUUCCCGGUAGUAAGGUUUUUCACGACGGGAGUUCAGUUAGCCCCACCACGCUAUUGUGGUGUGCUAAUCAGGUCCCAUGCAUUCAAAACCAUUACCAAAGCUCAUACAAGCUUAAAACUACCACCGGUACCGGGGACGACAGUUGAGCUGCGCGGGGAAAAACUACUAGAGCCCCGAAGACAGCCUGACCCAACCACGAUAACCUGGAUACCAGUCGUCGGGCAACACUAUCAUUAUUCCAGAUUCCAGUCUAGAAACUUGAGCUAAUAUUCCUUGUAAAAGUAGACUUUAAAAUACUCUUCUUUCUUCCCUAAAUGACAUAAAAUUGUGUGUUCUGACUAUACAGAAAAAAGUCGUCUUGAAAAGGGGUACCGAUAUCCCUUU